AUGCCUUCAGAUCAGAGAAAAGUGAAGCGGAGGAAUAGGUCAAGGUCCCGGGUCGCGAAAGUGGCUCGCUUAAAGAAGGCAACUUCUGAGGCAGCGGCAAGCGAGUUGAAUCCCGAGAGCAGCCAUCCCGGGCAUGAGGCUGCAAUGGGUAACAGGCCUAGGCCAGGAUGGCGGGCAUCUCUGCAUGGCUUCCGGGCUCAGGCUCACCGCUCUGUGACAAACAUGUGCCUCAACAAGCGCUUCUGGCUGUUCUCGCUGUCUAUCUGCAUCCUGCUGUUGGUGUACUACUACAUGUACCCCGAAUUUCCAAAUGUGCCUCAAAUUGGAUGGAGCCAGAAAAACAGUGAAGAUGCUAGUGGCCAAUCUCUGGGAAAAGAUUUCGCAUUGGAAGCUCUGCUGAAUUUUUUCUUUCCAACAACUUGCAUUGUCAGGGAAAAUCAGGUGGUAAAAGCUUGUAAUGAGCUGCAAGAGCUUAAUGAGAGUGAAUGUUUGAGACAGAAAUGCUGUUUUUCAUCAUCUGGGACUGGUAGAUUCAAAUGUUUUGCUCCAUUAAGAGAUGAGCCUAAACAGAUGAUGCGAAUGUGUGGGGUUGGUGUAGUCAGCCUCGUGAGCCUGGGAUAUCUGUCCUUUUAUUGCUGCUCUCUUUGCUGGAGGAGGAAACGGGCCAAUUAUUUGCAAGGCAAUGUCAAAAACGUUGAAAAGAGUUUGAAGAAACAAAGAAGUGGGCGAAGGAGGAAGAAGGAACAGAAAGGAGCAGGAGGAGACGAGAAAGAUGAUGAGGAGUAG